AGGUCGGGCGCCCCACCAUGCCGCGGGCCCCGGCGCCCCUGUACGCCUGCCUCCUCGGGCUUUGCGCGUUCCUGCCCGGGCUCCCAGGUCUUAACAUAUGCACUCGUGGAAGUGCCACCUCUUGUGAAGAAUGUCUGCUAAUCCACCCCAAAUGUGCCUGGUGCUCCAAAGAGGACUUCGGCAGCCCGCGGUCAGUCAUCUCCCGGUGUGACUUGAGGGCAAACCUGGUCAGAAAUGGCUGUGAAGGCGAGUUUGAGAGCCCGGCCAGCAGCACCCAGGUCCUGCGGAGCCUUCCUCUCAGCAGCAAGGGCUCCGGCUCUGCCGGCUCAGAUGUCAUUCAGAUGACACCACAGGAGAUCGCUGUGGACCUGCGGCCUGGUGACAAGACUGCCUUCCAGCUGCAGGUUCGACAGGUGGAGGAUUAUCCUGUGGACUUGUACUACCUGAUGGACCUCUCCCUGUCCAUGAAGGAUGACUUGGACAACAUCCGGAACCUGGGCACUAAGCUCGCUGAGGAGAUGAGGAAGCUCACUAGCAACUUCCGAUUGGGGUUCGGGUCUUUUGUAGACAAGAGCAUCUCUCCUUUCUCCUAUACAGCGCCGAGGUACCAGACCAAUCCAUGCAUUGGUUACAAGUUAUUCCCAAACUGCGUCCCUUCCUUUGGGUUCCGUCAUUUGCUGCCUCUCACAGACAGAGUUGACAGCUUCAAUGAGGAAGUUCGGAAACAGAGGGUGUCCCGGAACCGUGAUGCUCCCGAGGGGGGAUUCGAUGCAAUACUCCAGGCGGCUGUCUGCAAGGAGAAGAUCGGCUGGCGAAAGGAUGCACUGCACUUGCUGGUCUUCACAACAGACGACGUGCCCCACAUCGCACUAGAUGGAAAACUGGGGGGCCUGGUGCAGCCACAUGACGGCCAGUGCCACCUGAACGAGGCCAAUGAGUACACUGCGUCCAAUCAAAUGGACUACCCAUCCCUUGCCUUGCUUGGAGAGAAGUUGGCAGAGAACAAUAUCAACCUCAUCUUUGCAGUGACGAAAAACCAUUAUACGCUCUACAAGAAUUUUACAGCCCUGAUACCUGGAACAACAGUGGAGAUUUUACAUGGAGACUCCAACAAUGUUAUUCAACUGAUUAUCAAUGCGUACAAUAGCAUCCGGUCUAAGGUAGAGCUGUCGGUCUGGGAUCAGCCUGAGGAUCUUAACCUCUUCUUCACUGCCACCUGCCAGGACGGUGUAUCCUACCCUGGUCAGAGGAAGUGCGAGGGCCUGAAGAUUGGUGAUACGGCGUCCUUCGAGGUGUCGGUGGAGGCCCGGAGCUGCCCAGGCAAACACAUGGAGCACGUGUUCACCCUGCGGCCCGUGGGGUUCCGAGACAGCCUGGAGGUGGGGGUCACCUACAACUGCCAGUGUGGCUGCAGCACAGGGCUGGAGCUGGACAGCCCCAGAUGCAGCGGGAAUGGGACUUACAUCUGCGGCCUGUGUGAGUGCAACCCUAGCCACCUAGGCACCAGGUGUGAGUGCCAGGAAGGGGAGAACCAGAGCGGGUACCAGAACCUGUGCCGGGAGGCGGAGGGCAAGCCCCUGUGCAGCGGGCGCGGGGAGUGCAGCUGCAACCAGUGCUCUUGCUUCGAGAGCGAGUUUGGGAAGAUCUACGGACCCUUCUGUGAGUGCGACAACUUCUCCUGCGCCAGGAACAAAGGAGUCCUCUGCUCAGGCCACGGCGAGUGUCAUUGUGGAGAAUGCAAGUGCCAUGCAGGUUACAUUGGGGACAACUGUAACUGCUCAACAGACAUCAGUACUUGCCAGGGCAAGGACGGCCAGAUCUGCAGCAGCCGGGGGCACUGUGUGUGUGGGCAGUGCCAAUGCACAGAGCCAGGAGCCUUUGGGGAGACAUGCGAGAAGUGCCCAACCUGCCCAGAUGCUUGCAGCACCAAGAGAGAUUGUGUUGAGUGCUUGCUGCUUCACUCAGGAAGCCCAGCUGACAACCAGACCUGCCAAAACCUGUGCAAAGAUGAGGUGAUCACGUGGGCGGACAGCAUCGUGAAAGAUGACCAGGAGGCAGUGCUUUGUUUCUACAAAACUGCCAAGGAUUGUGUCAUGCUGUUCACCUAUGCAGAGCUGCCCAGUGGGAAGUCCAACCUGACGGUCCUCAGAGAGCCAGAGUGUGGAACAGCCCCCAAUGCCAUGACCAUCCUCCUGGCCGUGGUAGGCAGUAUCCUCCUGAUUGGGAUCGCGCUCUUGGCCAUCUGGAAGCUGCUGGUCACCAUCCACGACCGGAGAGAGUUUGCAAAGUUCCAGAGUGAGCGAUCCAGGGCCCGCUAUGAAAUGGCUUCAAACCCUCUGUACAGAAAGCCCAUCUCCACACACACUGUAGAUUUCACUUUCAACAAGUUCAACAAAUCCUACAAUGGCUCAGUGGACUGAUGGCACCUUCUCCUCAGAGGACCGGAGGGGACGAAUGGUAAAGUCAGAGACUGACAUGCUUUGGAUGGCUGCUCAGCUCCAUCGUGGCUCCCUAGAUAGACAAGCACAGAGACGUUCCAGUGAGCCUGGGUGAGGAGCCCAUCGCCUGCAUAGGAAGGCACCCAGCUAUGCCACCUGGCUGCUGUGCCAGAGCCAGGCUAGGUGGCCAGACCUCCGAGCCUAGGAAAGGCCAGGGGACCUUGGCAUUCUCGGCCUUCCCCACCACAUCCAGCUUGUCCUGUCAAUGAACUGCUGAGAUGCCGGGCUGCCUCUCCCUUCCAGAAGGGCUGGGCCUCCAGUCUGGCCAGAGGAGAAGGCUCUUGGGAGUGUCAGAGUAUGUAAAAUGAAUGCACGGUCUGGCUUUUUCGUGCCGAUCAUUUUAUACGAAGUAAAAAGAUCUUGCAUUUAUGGUAUAGUUCUGAUUCCUGAUAAUUGUCCGCCUGAUGUCUAUGCCUUGCGCAUGAGUGUUGGUGAUGGGAUUGCUGAGAUUCCUGUUGAAGGUACAGAGUUCGCAAAUGUCAGUUUUCCUCUCCCGUCCAUGUUUGUUUAUAGUACUUUUGUAAUGAAAAGGAAAGAGGUUUUUUGGGAUUGAAAGUAAAGGUUAAAACCAAAUUAUUUUAUCUUUGCCUGAUGCUCUCUAUAACAUGUGUGUUCCUUUCUGAAGUGGUCUUAAACGGUGCCCCAGUGGGGACUGAAAUACUUCCUCAGGGGGCCUAGCAAGCCAGUCUAAUGUUCCAGACCAGGCCCUUCAAACAGGCUCCACAGGUUGCUCAGGGGCAGCUAGGGCGGCUCCAGGGAGGGAUGAGAAGGUGCCUUUAGACCCUCUCAGCUAUCACUUAAAGAGUUUGGGCUGGAAACUGAAAGGCACAACUCUGGACUCCUUCCCUUUUUCCUAGGUGCUGAGGCUGGAAAUAGAUUGUGCAGAUGAAGAAGGGUCAAGAUGUGGUUUCCACACAAAAUCACUUUUUAUACAUUAUUAUCAAGAACAGUUCCCUUCCAGUGCCUUCCCCAGCCAAACUCCUAUGUCCCAACCAGGCCCAGAAUGCAAAACCCAUUUCAGCUUUUUAUUUUUUUUCUCCUUAGGGCCCCAAAGUGCCCUUAGGUUCCCAUAUCUGAGGUGGAAUGAAGCCCAUAAGUCGUCUGUCCUAUCCCCUAUUUAUAGAAGAGGAAACUGCUAGAGAGGGAAAGUGGCUUGCCCAGGUGUCAGAGGCUAUAACUCAUAAAAACUGGUACUGAGACUCAGAUCUUUUAACCAGAGUGCCGGCUUCCUGCCACCUGUUCUUUUUUUUUGUAAAAUCUCUUUCACCCAUCAUUGUUUGCUAUUGGCAUCCCUUUAAGGCGAUCGGGAUUUUAUUCCAAAUUCAUCUGUUUUCAGCGUGGGACCAAAUUCCCCGAACUUCAUUUUAGCAAACACUAAGACAAAUAUGCCUGUCAGUAAACUGGGCCUAUUUCCUGGGGCAAAUGUGAACAGGUUCUGAGCUUUCUUUGUCCUGUGUAAUUAGAAUGAAACAAAGACCUGUGACUUGGCAAAGCUGCCUUAAAUCCUUUUUGGAAUAAAAAAGUAAAUAAAUGUAAAUAAAUAUAUGAAGUAGGUAAA